AUGGAAACCUGUGCCUCUGCAAAGGUACCAAUGGGCUUCGGAUACAAGAUCGUUGCCGACCCUUCUGGUGUUCCUGUUGAUGAAAAGAAGUAUCGUGGAAUGAUUGUAUCUCUACUCUAUCUCACGGCAAGUCGUCUGGAUAUAAUUUUUUCCACAUGCCUAUGCGCCAUAUUUCAAGUCAAUCCAAAGAUGGUCCAUCUUUUGGUUGUGAAACAAAUUUUCCGAUACCUUAAAGGUACCAAGAGUCUCGGAAUCUGGUACCCAACAAAUGAGAGCUUCUUACUUCAAGCUUAUUCAGAUUCGAACUAUGGUGGUCUUCAACUUGAUAGAAAAAUCACUUCGGGUCGCUGUCAAUUCAUAGGAGGACGUUUGAUCAGCUGGUCAUCCAAGAAACAGAACUGCAUAGCACUCUCUACAGCCGAAGCGGAAUACAUUGCUGCUGCCAGCUAUACAUCUCAAGUUCUAUGGAUGAAAUCUCAACUCCUUGAUUAUGGUUAA